AAUUCUAUAUAAACACCCCUUGCAUAGAUUUGCAAUCAAUCAAGUUUCACGAUUUAAAAUUUCAGCAUCACUACAAAGUCAUUCAGACAGUCCUCGAUUCGUAAAAUUGUUACCAGAAGAAAACAGCACAGCAACAACAACAAUGGCUUUCAGAAUUAUUGGUUUCAAUGAUCCAAUUUUCUCAGGUCUUCAAGACAUGCUUGGCGUAUCAGAUCAUGAAGCUGAAAAAUCAUCGAACACACCAUCGACAAAAUACGUCAGAGAUGCAAAAGCAAUGGCAGCAACACCAGCUGAUAUCAAGGAGUACCCAGACUCAUAUGUGUUUGUAGUUGAUAUGCCAGGGCUGAAAUCAGAGGAAAUCAAAGUUCAAGUUGAAGAUAAUAAUGUUCUUGUUGUGACCGGAAUGCGGCAAAGGAAAGACGAAAAGGAGAAAGAGGUCAAAUAUGUAAGGAUGGAACGAAGAAUUGGCAAAUUUAUGAGGAAAUUUAUACUUCCUGAGAAUGCAAAUCUUGAUGCAAUUUCAGCUGUUCGUGUUGAUGGUGUUCUUACUAUCACUGUUCAGAAAUUGCCUCCACCUGAACCGAAGAAGCUUAGGACUAUUCAGGUUCAAGUUGCCUAAGAAAAUGGUAUGUAGUGCAGGAGAUAUGAUCUAAAUGAACGUGUCUCUCUUUUGAUGUUGUAUGUUUGAAAUGACUCUCUCUUUGUGCGUCUUCGUGGUGUGUACUUCUGUUAAAACUAAAUAAAAUUUAAUUUUAUCUUCAGCGAAA